AUGGCUGAAUUAUUGAAGCAAACAUUCGCCAAUGCUAAGGCUGAAAACCGUAACGCCUUGGUUACCUUCAUGACCGCAGGUUAUCCCAGAAUUGAAGACACGAUUCCAAUGCUAAAAGGCUUUCAAGACGGUGGUGUGGACGUAAUCGAGCUGGGAAUGCCCUUCUCGGAUCCUAUUGCAGAUGGACCAACCAUCCAGGAGGCCAACACGGCAGCUCUCAACAAUGGUGUAAACAUGGUGCAAACCUUGGAUAUGGUGCGUCAAGCCAGAGCUGAGGGCGUAACUGUACCAAUCAUCCUCAUGGGCUACUACAACCCUAUUUUGAGUUUUGGAGAGGAGAAAUUCAUCGAGAAAGCCGCUGAGGUUGGGGCCAGCGGUUUUAUCAUUGUAGACUUGCCUCCAGAGGAAGCUUUGAAGGUGCGUGACCUCGUCAACUACAACGGGCUGAGCUUGAUCCCGCUAGUAGCGCCAUCUACCACGGACCAUCGUUUGGAGCUUUUGUCUGAAAUCGCCACGUCUUUCAUCUACGUUGUGUCCAGAAUGGGUACCACUGGUGCUCAAGUCUCUGUAUCCGAAGACGUCACCGCCCUGGUAGACCACGUAAGAAAAUUCACAAAGGAUAUUCCACUUGCUGUUGGGUUUGGUGUCUCUACUAGAGAGCAUUUCAAAACCGUUGGUGCCGUAUCUGAUGGUGUUGUUAUUGGCUCGAAGAUUAUCAAACUAAUCGAAGAGUGUAAGGACAAUGAGCGCUAUCAGGUAGUCAAGACCUAUGUGGAAGAGAUCUUGGACGGCCAAAAGCACACCGUUCUAACACCAGAAGAGUUCAAACAAUUGCAAACAAAGUCAAUUGCGGAAGGUAGACACCGCAAAGCUGCAGUAACUAACUUCAAUGAGGAGCAUAAAUUUCUGGCCAACUUCGGAGACUUUGGUGGUCAAUACGUGCCUGAAGCUUUGCACGCCUGCUUGAGAGAACUAGAGCAAGGUUUUGAAAGUGCUGUUGCUGACCCCGUCUUUUGGCAACAAUUUAGAGACAUGUAUUCCUACAUCGGUCGUCCAUCAUCACUUCACAAAGCUGAAAGACUCACAGAAUACUGUGGGGGUGCUCAAAUUUGGUUGAAAAGAGAGGACUUGAACCACACGGGUUCUCAUAAAAUAAAUAACGCUUUGGCUCAAGUCCUUAUUGCCAAAAGACUGGGCAAGAGUAAAAUCAUUGCCGAAACCGGUGCUGGUCAGCACGGUGUUGCCACUGCUACUGCUUGCGCGAAAUUCGGUCUUGAAUGUACCGUGUUCAUGGGUGCAGAAGAUGUACGUCGUCAGGCCUUGAAUGUUUUCCGGAUGCGUAUCUUGGGUGCCAACGUAGUUGCGGUCACCAACGGUACUAAGACCUUAAGAGACGCUACCUCCGAAGCUUUCCGGUACUGGGUCUCUAAUCUGAAGACAACCCACUACGUGGUUGGCUCCGCUAUCGGCCCUCACCCAUACCCAACCUUGGUGCGUACUUUCCAAUCGGUGAUUGGAAAUGAAACCAAAGAGCAAUUUGCGAAGCUCAACGAUGGAAAGCUGCCAGAUGCCAUUGUCGCAUGUGUUGGCGGAGGCUCGAACUCCACUGGUAUGUUCUCACCAUUCGAGCACGACUUGUCCGUUAAACUUUUGGGAGUUGAGGCUGGUGGAGAUGGUGUUGACACCAAAUUCCACUCUGCAACAUUGACUGCUGGUAGACCCGGUGUUUUCCACGGAGUCAAAACUUACGUUUUGCAAGAUAGCGAUGGUCAAGUCCACGACACUCAUUCUGUCUCCGCUGGUUUGGACUAUCCUGGUGUAGGCCCUGAAUUGGCUUCCUGGAAGGCUUCCGGUCGUGCUACCUUUAUCGCUGCCACUGACGCUCAAGCUCUACAGGGUUUUAAGGUUCUGUCACAACUGGAAGGUAUUAUUCCAGCCUUGGAGUCCUCGCAUGCCGUUUUCGGAGCUAUCGAAUUGGCAAAGACUAUGGACAAAAGCCAACAUCUCAUCAUUAACGUAUCUGGAAGAGGUGAUAAAGACGUCCAAAGUGUGGCGGAGGUGUUGCCUAAGCUGGGCCCACAAAUUGGUUGGGAUUUGAGAUUUGAAGAGGAUCCAUCGAAGUCCGCUUGA